AUGCCUCAAGCCCCGCGAGAGUAUCCCAUGUGGAGCUUUGCCUCCUUUAAGACUCUCGUGUAUCAUUUGAUUAGUAGGAAGGUACUGCUGUCUUGUCUUGCAGUUGUCCUUCUAUUCCUCAGUGAUAUGCUGGUCGGUCGGCAAACGUUGUCACUGGGUAAGGCACCAGUGAGUGCCCUCACCAGCGGGUAUAACUUGUUCGCUUACAUGGGACGAACGGGCCAUGCCUACCGUAACGCCAACAGCCAAUGCCUCUCUGCAGGUCGCAGUGAUUUGUCUUCACAGCUCUUAGAGAGUGUGCUCCGCCCUGCUCGUGGCCAGCGACAAGGUGCACACCACGUCGGCCUCCGCGUCACCUGGUUCACCACGCUCGUCGUCCUCGCGGCGGCCGUCAACACCUUCGACAUGUACCUGUGCGACAAGAGCCUGCUGCCCGGCGUCGCCUCGGCGGCCGGCAACAGCUCGGUCAUGGUUCCGCUGUCGAGCCUCAACGACUCUGCGCUGAGCGACGACUCGGUGCGCAUGAUGUACGAGGUGCUCCGCGUGGCUUUCGACAACGCCACGAGCCCGGACGUCGGCGAGGAUGACCUGAUCUGCCCCUACCCGGCCUACUACACCUACUUCACGCUGCUCAUUCUGCUCGCGGCGUCGCUCCUGGCGCAGGUGAGCUACAUGCUGAAGAGCCUGGUGAUGGUGAUGGUGGUGGCCGUGCAAUGCGUGAUGAACCUGCUGGUGAUGAGGCCGCUGAUGGACAACGCCGAUGGCUGGACCAGUUCUCAAGACCACAGAGUUGUCCGAGAAAGUGUGAGUCUGUCUGUGGAGCUUUGUCUCAUCACUCUCCUGCUGAUUGUCCUCAACAGACAG